AUGAUCGCCCACGCCGAUCCUGGAGGGCCCGAUGUCCCCUGGGAACAGGAGUGGCAAAGCAGUGGCCAAGUCCAGGUCGGAGGCCUGGCAACCCAUCCAUGCUUCUCAAACAUAACGGUCGUCACUUUUGACCCGUUUCAAGAUCUUCUUUGGGUCGGCACGGAAGCGGGCCACGUGAUAUCAUAUUAUAAGGACUACGAGCUACGGACCUCUUUUGAAGUCUUUGGACAAGGCGAAUACGACAAACCGAUCCGAGCUUUUCACAUCUUCCAAGACUCCGUUUUGGCGGUGACGAGCAAGAAAGUCGGAGUCUGGAGCAAAGAGGGAAUUCAUUUUGUCACUAUGCAAACCCCGGAAUUCGUGGAUUUGCGGUGUGUUUUUGUGACUCCGGUUGAUCCUCUGACGGUUAUUUUUGCCGGGAAUCAGCCGCACCUUGUUAAAUGUAUACUUCCGGAAGGGGAGGAUCCACAGUAUUCUAAGUAUCCCUUACCGGAAGUGACCGAGGUUACACAUCUGAAAGGAAAUGCGAAGUUGAUUUUCGCGGGAUCAGCUUCUGGAAAAAUCGUGGUUAUGAAUAUCGAUUCAUUUGCUACCGUAAGAGUCAUCAGCGUCCAGACCGCGGCCAUCAACGAUAUUGACGUCGGCCAUGACUAUCUAACCUUUUGCGGGAUGUUUCUAAAAAACGGCGUUUAUGAGCACGAGCCUUUUGUAAAAAUCUUUUCAUUGCGUGACUACCGGAUGAUCCAAGCCGUGAGCGUGACCCGGCCACGACUUUGCAAAAUUGUUAAAGAAGAACCGGAAGGGUGGACGGUGUUGAUAGUUAGCGACAGCGGCUCAAUUUUUUGCUACAAAGCAAUUCACGGGCGAGGAGCUUCGUUGGUUUUUGCGAGUGGUAUCGGGGUCUCAAAUGUGCAACAACUCGAUUGCUGCUGUAUUAGUAGCAACAAUAAGGCGGUGGCUUUGGGAGUUUACGGCCAACUAUUCAUCACCAGUCCGGAGAACACCUCGGGACAUUUUACGGACAACCCGAUGCCUACGCAUCUUCCGGAUCCUGUUCUUGGGCCACCCUUGUCGAUCACCUAUGACGAUGAAGCGACCAGCUUUGCCGCCGUGCCGAUGCCAUUUCCGCAUUCUGAGGACUUGCUUUCAGAUUGGCCGGAAGAGCAGUGUCGUCCGAAUUACAAGGUCCCCCGACAAACUUUUGACAUCAAAAACGUCACCGUUCGCCAAUUUGUCGGCUACUCGAAAAACCCGCUGGCCCAUCUGAAUCUGAGAAACUACAACUUGGUCCCCUACGAGUUGGACGAUUCUGAAUCCAUCAUGACGGUUUCACGACUACAAGCUGUUGUCCCGAUUUUUUACCAGAAACGGCUGAGCGACUACGUGGCAAAGCAACGAGUACGAAAAUUCUUUGAUGAGUCGCAUUUCGUCAGUUUAAAUCCUUAUUACACUGAACAUACUGGCGUCGAGCCAAAUUGCGAAUCUGGAGUACUACAGCCACUAGUGAUGGUAUUCUUUUGGACGAUGCCUCUACGAAACAUCAUCAUGCAGCAUACUUGUUUUGAUGAUGACUGUCUCGUGUGUCAGCUGAUGUUCAUUUUCCGUUUUUUGGCGGAAAGUAAUACCGCUACGCCGACCUCGCUUGUAAAUAUGAUUCGAGUCAUGAACACGAACUACUCGGACUCCCAAUUUCUCCAAGUGCGAGCCCACGCCUUGUUCUCGCAUUUAAUGAGUUCCAUCGAAAAGAGUCUAUCUCAACAGCUCUUUAAUGAAUUCAUCGACACCUUGCGUGUGGAGCGGCUGGUCAGCCAGAGAUGCGUACGAUGUGAUGCCGUCUCGGAAAAUGACGAUACUUUCACAAUUCUUCAGCUUGAUUAUCCGCCCGAAGCCCUAAAUCUUCCGUUUUUGCGAUUAAUGGAGAAGGCGUUGACAAGGAAGAGUUGCGGAGAAGUUUUUUGCCAAUCGUGUGAAAAGGCUACGACGCAUACCAAUACUGCAAAAGUCAAGCGAAUUCCUCCUGUCCUGAUGGUAGAUUGUAAUCAGGUCCACGAGCAAUUCCCGACGUAUUGGUCGACCAGGAUCGAGAAAGACGAGCGCCGUGUCCCAUACACAAUCCCGAAAACCGCCUUCGUCCCCCCUCUCGACACUGGCCUUAAAAAUUGCAUGCACGGUGCUGUCUGUCAUCAUCCCCGAUGCUCCUACGAACACCCACCGAAAUAUCAGCAGCUCUGGGAUGAGGUUAACGAGUGGCAACGGCCAGCUGAGUUGCCGGAGUUGAAAGAAGGAGAAUGGGCUCAUGUUCUACCUGAAAAGAUCUACGUCUCGGCUGAGCACGGGAUACCGAAGGCCUCGGAAACACCGUUGGACGCCGCUGACAGCGCUGAAUAUACGCUAGUUGUUUUGACAACAGUCAUUGGGGAUCCGGAAACGGGUCGUUGGGAUCAUGCAGUGCCAAUGGUCCGAGAAAUCGUAAACGGAAAAGCGACCGAGAAAUGGGUGGUAUUAAACGAGCUCUUCCACGCGAAAAUCCCGACAAAUGAGGCGCUACAUAUCAAUCAAAGGUGGAAGCUGCCGCAUGUCUUGGUGUAUGUGCGAAAGGAUCAGCUCGGAAUUGCAAAAUGCCAACCGGCCACUAUCCCGCUGUCCAUUUUCACCGAGCCGUUCAGCUUAUCCGGAGAUUUACAACUUUCGAGAACUAUUCCGGUGGAGCAGAUCCCGGGGAUAGGUCAGGGACGAAUUGUCGGGAUCGACGCCGAAUUUAUCGAAGUUUCUCGGGGUGGCCCAACUACGUACAAAUCGGUAGCUCGUCUUAGCAUCGUCCGUAAUGAUGGGAGCGUAAUUUUGGAUGAUUUGGUGGAGUUGUGUCCGGAGGAGUACGUUCGGGAUUUCGCGACUAAUGUCAGUGGGGUCGUGGCGGAUGAUCUGAAGCGACAGACGUCUAAAAAAUUGCUGACUACGAUGAAACGGGUAUUGAUGAAAGUCCACUGCCUCAUUGAGCGUGAUGUAAUUUUUGUGGGUCACGGAAUAGCCAACGAUUUCUGGGCUUUAAAUGUUUUUGUCCCGGAGCGGAACGUCGUUGAUACCGUCAAACUCUUCCGGUCCCCAGUCCGAGGGAGUCGACAGUUAUCCCUACAGUAUCUCGUGCUCAUGCUACUAGACCAGAAAAUUCACCGUGAAACACAUGACAGCAUAGUUGAUGCUCAAAUGCCGCUAUUGCUCUACAAAAUCUAUCAAGACUCAGUGGCCGAUGGUACUUUGGAGACGAAAAUCAACUUCAUGUACGAUCACGGAAUGAAGUGGAAAUGGCGUGGCGAAGGGAUGGUGAGGACCAAAUUCCUCGUCAAGGAGAACGAGGAGGGAGCUGCACAAUCGGCUUCACCAAGUCCACAGCCGGAAAGCGUAAAUUCCGCUCAAUCU